CAGCCAUAAAUGGAAGCUGACAUACUUAUUCAUUACGGGAUCCUCUUCUAAGCAGUACACAGGCCAUUGGACCAACGCAACACCCAGAUAAGAGAUGGUUAUUCUACGACAGCUCUUCAUACAGCAGUCAUCGACUCAAAAGGCUGACGACCCUCUUCAAUGGCCUCAAUUCAAAAGGCCAACAGUGCCUCAUAUCAUCAGGCCAAACAUGUGUGGCUUGAAGUAUCGGGCACUGACAGCAAGUUACCUAUUGGAGCUGUGGUCAAGGAGUCUCACACUACAGAGACAUUACUUGUGGAUGACAAUGGAAAGGAACACUGGAUCUCUGCAAGGAACAUUAAGAAUGUGCACCCCAUGCACCCCAGCUCUUCAAAGGGAGUUGAAGACAUGAUUCGGCUUGGAGAACUUAAUGAAGCUGGAAUAGUCCACAAUUUGCAUGUCCGAUACAAGGAGAAAAACAUCUAUACAUACACUGGAGCUAUCCUGGUUGCUGUGAAUCCAUAUGAGGAGCUCCCUUUUUAUCACAAAGAGCAGAUCCAGCAAUACCGGAACCGGCGCAUUGGAGAGCUCCCUCCCCAUAUAUUUGCCUUGGCAGACACCUGCUUCUUCAACAUGCAGAGGAAAAGUAUAGACCAGUGUUGUGUCAUCAGUGGUGAGUCUGGAGCUGGAAAGACAGAGAGCACAAAGCUAAUGCUCCAGUUUCUGGCCUCGGCAAGUGGUCAGAAUUCAUGGAUAGAGCAACAGAUUCUGGAGGCCAAUCCGAUCAUGGAAGCUUUUGGAAAUGCUAAAACCAUCCGAAAUGACAACUCAAGUCGCUUUGGGAAAUACAUAGAAAUCCAUUUCUCCAAAGAGAAUGUGAUAGAGGGAGCACGCAUUGAGCAGUUCCUGCUGGAGAAGUCACGCGUGUGUCGACAGGCUUCAGGGGAGAGAAACUACCACAUAUUCUAUUGCAUGCUUCUGGGGAUGGGUUCAUCACAAAAGAAGGAGUUAAACUUGGGCAGCCCUUCAGACUUCAAAUACCUUACUAUGGGUAACUGUACAAGCUGCGAAGGCCGUGAUGAUGCAAAAGAGUUUUCCAAGGUCCAUUCUGCUAUGAAGAUUCUUCUUUUUACAGAAUUAGAACAAAAUGAGAUUUACAAGAUGCUCGCAGCUAUUCUCCACCUGGGUAAUUUAGAUUUCCAAGGUGCGAUGUACGGAAAUCUUGACUACUCAGAUGUCCGUGAGUCUAUUCACUUGUCCACUGUAGCUGCCCUGCUUGAGGUGGACUCCAGCGAGUUAAAGAGCUGCCUCACUAAUCACUCCAUUAUUGUUCGUGGGGAGAAUGUCUCUAAGCCUUUGAAUUGUAUUCAAGCCUCUGAUGGAAGGGAUGCCUUUAUGAAGGGUAUAUAUGGUCGGAUGUUCAUGUGGAUUGUAAAUAAAAUUAAUGGUGCUAUUUUCACGCCUGAGUCGAACGAUCUGGGGAAGGAGCGCAAAUCUAUUGGAUUACUAGACAUCUUUGGCUUCGAACAGUUCAAUACAAACAGCUUUGAGCAGCUGUGCAUUAAUUUUGCUAACGAACACCUGCAACAGUUUUUCGUCCGUCAUGUAUUCAAGCUGGAACAGGAGGAAUAUAAUGCUGAGAUGAUACCAUGGAAUCACAUUGACUUCACAGACAAUCAACGUGCAUUGGAUGUUAUUGCUCUCCGACCUAUGAACAUCAUCUCUCUGAUUGAUGAGGAGAGCAAGUUUCCCAAGGGUACUGAUGCAACCAUGCUAAUCAAGCUGAACAGUAUUCAUAGUAAAUCUAACAUUUAUAUCCCAUCCAAAAGUGACCACGACACCAAGUUUGGAAUCAGCCAUUUUGCUGGUGUUGUCUUUUAUGAAACAGAAGGUUUCCUGGACAAGAACCGUGAUUUGCUAAGCACAGACAUCCUUCUCAUGAUUCAUUCGUCUCGUAGCAAUUUUGUAAAGAAAAUGUUUCAGGUGGAAAAACAUUCAGGCACAUCCACUCGCAGUGUUAUCCGACAUUCAGGCCUUAAUCCACACAAGAUUGCAGACACCAGCAAGUCUUUGCCCACCCUGGGGGGUCAGUUCAAACAGUCACUGGAGCAGCUGAUGAAAAUCCUGAGCAGCUGCCAGCCUUUCUUCAUUCGUUGCAUCAAACCCAAUGAUUUUAAAAAGCCAUCAGUGUUCGAUCGAGAGCUUUGUUUGCGUCAGCUGCGAUACUCUGGAAUGAUGGAAACCAUUCGAAUACGGAAGGCAGGAUAUCCCAUCCGAUACAAUUUCUCCGAAUUUUUCUACCGUUUUCGCGCAUUGCUGCCUUUAACGUCUCCCCACCGUAAAACGUGGGAUCACCUAGCCUGUUCUAAAGACAUUAUCGAGACACUGAUUGGAAAAGGAGGAGACUGGAAAGUGGGAAAAACAAAACUGUUCUUAAAGGAUCAUCAUGAUACCAAAUUGGAGGUGGAACGUGAAAAGGCACUUACUUCCAAGGCCAUAAUAAUCCAAAAGACUUUCAGGGGCUUUAAAGACAGAAAACGUUUUCUUCUGCAGAGAAAAUCAGCCGUUAAAAUUCAAGCAGUUUGGAAAGGGUACUAUGCCAGGAAAACCUACCAAAAGAUGCGGCAUGGCUUCCAAAGGCUGCAGGCGGUGGUGAAAAGCCGGCAAGUUCGUCAGCAAUAUGAAAAAAAUAUAGGAAUGAUUACUAAAAUUCAAGCACUGAGCCGGGGUUUUCUGACGAGGAAGAGAAUUAAGCAACGAAGCAAGGCUGUGCUUGUGCUUCAGACAUAUACCAGGGGCAUGCUGGCUCGUAAUCAAUACCGGAGGCUGAAGAAACAUGAUUACAUAAGCCAGGAUGAGUGGCAGGAGGCAGAGACACAGAAGGCAAUGCAGAAAGAUCUUCAAACACAGCAAGAGAAGGAGACAUUGGAAAUGGUGGAGCAAGUGUUUGGGUUCUUGCCUGCUCUCGUGGACUUGGAGUCUCCACCAAUUUUAAAUGAAGUUGAUCUGGAUGCUUUACCACUUGUGCCACAGGGGGAUAUUGAUAACCUGGCAGAAUUCACUUUUCCUAAAUUUGCGUCUACCUAUUUUCAAGGCUCGGCAACUCAUACCUACAUCAAGAGAACAUUAUAUCAGCCUCUGCUUUACCACGAAGACCAGAGUGAUGUCCUAGCUUCGUUGGCAGUUUGGAAGAUCAUUCUUCGUUUUAUGGGAGACCUUCCUGAACCAGCAUUCUAUGCUAAACGUUCCAAUACGAGCAGCUCUGUAAUAACACAAAUCUAUGAUACCUUGACAAGAAAGAACAACAUCCGGUCAGCAAUGAAAGAUAACAUGGAGGGAUCACAACGAGGCAAUAGAAAAGGGAAAGCCGCCAAAGAAAUCUCUUCCAUGAAACUAAAACGAUCCUCAAAAAUAGCAGGACAGGUUGCCAACCAGUUAAAUAGCGGGGAUGAUUUCUUAGAAGAAGACAAUUCUCUCAUUGAUAAACCAAUGUCCAUAAUGGAGAAAAUCCACUUCAUAGCCGGGAAUGGAAUUUUACGACCAGAAAUACGAGAUGAGAUUUAUUGCCAAAUCUGCAAGCAGCUGUCUGGGAACAGUAACAGGAACAGUUUUGCCCGUGGCUGGAUUCUGAUGUCGCUGUGUUUAGGCUGUUUCCCACCCUCAGAGAAGUUUCUCAAGUACUUGCAGAACUUUAUCCAGGGGUCCCAGAUUGCUCACAGCUCAGUCUGUAUGAAGCAGCUGGCACGGACUGUCGCUAAUGGAGUGCGAUCAGAACCUCCCAGCUGGCUGGAAUGGCAGGCCAUGAGGGGGAAAGCCUCCUGGUCCAUACCGGUAUCUGUCAUGACAGGACAGUCUCUAAACAUCCAGUCAGACUCUGCCACUUCUGCCCGAGAAGUCUGUAAGAGCAUCGCCCAGAAAUUGCAGUUGAGAGACACCUUUGGAUUUUCAGUUUACAUCUCCAUCUAUGAUAAGGUGUGGUCACUGGGUUUUGGAUCAGAACACCUGAUGGAUGGCAUCUCGCAGUGUGAACAGUUAGCGAAGAAUCAGGGGGAGAAGGAAAUGUAUGCCCCCUGGCGACUCUUCUUCCGUAAGGAGAUCUUUACCCCCUGGCAUGACUCUUCUAAAGACCCUGUUAGCACAGAGCUAAUCUACAACCAAGUUAUACGUGGUCUUCAUUUUGGAGAGUAUCGAUGUACAAAGGAAGAUGAUCUUGUGAAUUUAAUGUCAAAACACCAUUACAUUAAAUUUGGGGAGGAGUGGAACGAAGUACAUAUACAGGAUGUGAUACGGGAUUGCAUUUCUCCCAAACAACUUGAGAGCAAACCAGCCGCACAUUGGGUAACGCUGCUUAAACAAAAGCAAUCAGAGGCCCAGCAUGUGACGGAACAUCUAACAGCACUACAAGUCAAAGAAACCUUUGUGGAAUAUUCCCGGUUACACUGGCCACUAUUGUUUUCCAAGUUCUAUGAAGCCACUAAGUUCUCAGGUCCCAGCAUCAGCAGGAACCACUUCAUUGUUGCAAUUAACUGGAAAGAAGUUAGUUUCCUUGACGAACAAGAGAAAAAGUUGUUGGAAAUCUCAUUUCCUGAAUUGACUGGCAUCCGUACCAAGAGAGCUGAGAAGUCUUACGGUCAGUGCUGUGUUUUGAAUACUUUACGAGGAGAGGAAUAUAUCCUGACUUCCCAAAACAGUGAAGAGAUUGCGCAACUCCUUCUCCACUUUUUAGAUGGGCUGAAGGCAAGAUCUCAGUAUGCAGUGGCCCUGCAAGACAGCUCCAAGAUAGCAGCAGACACAUUGGGACCCAAAAGCAAGUUACCAUUAGAUGAACCUGAACUCCUUGGUUUCCGAACUGGAGAUGUGCUGCUCCUUAACAAAAGUCCAGAUGUGCAAUUAGGGCAUAACUGGAUAUAUGCCCAGAAUGAGAGAACGGAGAAAAGUGGGGCUGUGCCACUAGAUGCAAUAUAUAUUAUACCAACCCUUAGCAAGCCUACCUCUGAGAUACUGAGGUUGAUCGUGAUGUCUCCAGAGCAGCGCAGGUCAGAAUUCUUGAACAAUCAUCUUGAUAGCUUUAACAUACAAGAGGAAGAGAAGCCAUACACAUUGGAAGAAUUCUCCAUUCAGCACUUCAGGCCUCCAGACCCAGAGUCUGUUUCCAGGGCUGUCUUGCAGAGAUCUCGUGUGAAAUCCCAAUUAUGGGCUUAUUCUAGAGAACCAUUGAGACAGCCACUGCUGCGGAAGGUGUGCGAGGUGUCAGAUUUACGGGAUUAUGCAUGUCAAGCUUUCCCACCUAUCAUGAAAUACAUGGGAGACUAUCCAUCAAAGCAGUCUCGCUCUCCUGCAGAAUUCACAGAUCAGAUCUUCUCAGGACCUGUGCGUGAAGACCUUCUAAGAGAUGAAAUUUACUGCCAGAUAUUGAAACAGAUGACAGGAAACAAAAGCAGCUACAGUUUGGGAGGUGGAUGGCAGCUCCUGUGGCUGUGUAGUGGCCUGUUUCCACCCAGUAAACAACUACUAGUCCACGUGCAGAAAUUUAUAGACAGCCGUCGAAAAGAACCUCUGGCCAAGGAGUGUAUGAGGAGGAUCCAGAAAGUGCUACAAAACGGUAACAGGAAGCAGCCCCCCCAUCUAGUGGAAGUUGAGGCCAUACAACAGAUGAGUACCAAGAUCUUCCACAAGGUUUAUUUCCCAAAUGACAAGGAAGAGGUAUUUGAGGUUGGAACCAAUACAAAAGUACGAGAAGUGUGUCAGAAUAUCUCUACCAAGCUACAACUCAGUUCCUGGGAGGGAUUCAGCCUGUUUCUGAAGAUAGGAGACAAGGUUAUCAGCCUGAAUGAACAAGAUUUUUUCUAUGAUUCAUUGAGAGAACUGAAUGACUACAAUAAAAAGAGCCGGCCAGCAGCAGGAGCACCUAGCUUCGCCACUUUCCAGUUAUAUUUUAUGAGGAAGCUCUGGGUUAAUCUACAACCAGGAAAAGAUUUAAAAGCUGACUGUAUCUUCCACUACCACCAGGAGCUUCCUAAGUACCUUCGUGGGUACCAUCGAUGCACGCCGGAAGAUGCUGUGAACUUGGCUGGAUUGAUAUAUAAAGUGCAGUACAUCAAUGACCGAUCCCACCUAGCCACUAUCAAUAAGAGCCUAAAGGAGGUAGUACCGGAAUACUUGCUGCGUCUCAGUACCCCAGAUGAGUGGAAAAAGAAUAUCAUUGCAGCAUAUAACAAGCAUGAAAAUAAAACUGUGGAUGAAGCUAAAGUGGCAUUCCUGAAACAAAUCAGCCGCUGGCCAACGUUUGGAUCUGCCUUUUUUGAGGUCAAGCAAUCCUCUGAUUCAUCAUUCCCUGAAAUUGUACUGAUUGCAAUCAACAGACAUGGAGUGUCGCUGUAUCACCCCAAAACAAAGGAACUGCUUGUGAACCAUCCUUUCAAUAAGAUCUCUCGGUGGAAUAGUGGGAAUACGUACUUCCAGAUGACGACUGGGAACCUUGUGCGGGACAAUAAGAUUCUGUGUGAAACCUCAUUGGGCUAUAAAAUGGAUGACUUGAUGACAUCUUACAUCCAGUACUACGUGUCAAAACACCAACAAGCAUCCUGAAGACGGUAACAAGCUGUAAAUUAAGGUUCGAAAGAGAUGUAAAUCCCUAACUUAACCAACCUUACUCAGGAAUACGCAUUUAAGCCAAUCGGUGCCUGCUGCAGAACUGAUAUCCUGCUCCAAAGCUCUUCACUACAGAAGCCUCAAGCGCCUCACAUCAUUGAGACUGAACAUUGUAUUGUUAGCCCGUUAACAAACAAAAAAUGCAUAGUAUUUCUCCACCAUCACCACUUAUAGGACACGCAGAGCAUCCUUUCUAUAUCAUUCCACCUCCAGAACAUUCAGAGACACUGAAAGGAUGUAGGGUCCAUGACAUCCCAGCAGUCAACUCCCAGAGGUCUCCUGGUAUUCCAGUACCAGGAUCUAGAGGGAAUCACACUGUAAUGACCUGCAGAGCAUUUCAUCGUAUUAGUUUGUUUACUAGUUUCUGUAUCAUUCAAAUAUCAAUUUGAUAUCAAUGUGUAGGCAUGAGGAAGUCCAAAAUAAUGCCCUCAUGUAUUUGCUAGUAAGAGUAAGGCGGAGUAACAUUAAAGUUAAUCGAUAAAUUAACUAUUCUACAUGUUUGUGGCUAUACAGAGUUCUGCCUGUCAAUUUCUCUAUCUACCUAUCUAUCAUCUAAUUUAUUAUAAUAUAAGCAUUUGUCAUUCCCAACUUACUAGCAAAUACACAAGCGUAUCAUCUUUUAAUUGACAAUCCCAUCUCAGUGCCUGGGGCUCCUAGAUAACACUCUGCAUUGUGUACAAAGGCUGUAAAUUACACAAUUUAUACUGACCAACUUAGUGCCUUUCUGACCAUUACAGUGAAACAAGUCUAGGAAUGUCAUUGCGUGAGACACUUGGGCUCCCAGGACAUGGGAAUGCAAGAGUUCUUCCCCAUCAUUUCCUGCUGGUGAUAUGAAAAAAUAGACAUUCACAGACUGCAGCAUUGUGUAUUGUGUAGAUACUGUGAGGCUGAUUCUUGUACAUGGACACUAGGGAAUAGCUGAUAUUGACUAUUGCACUGUAUAUAAGUUUUUUGGGAGAGGUUUUCAAUGUUAAGAAAUUUGUAAGGGUUUUCAAUUAUCCUAGUAAAACUAAAUACAUAGAUUCUACAA